AGUACCUAACUACGCGCAGUUUCAGUUUCAGUUUGUUUUUCAUUUCCAAUUAAAUCGCUCUCAAAGCAACUGCAGCGGAUUAUUAUUGUUAUUAUUUGUUAUAGUUGAAUUGAAUUGCUGCACACUACACGCACACAUGGGGAACGCGAGCGGUAAAAAGGAAUCGGACAAUUUAUAUUCAUCCGAUGAAUUGCGGAUGCUGGAGGCGGCAUACAAAAAUGCAUCUGGUGGAGCACUGGAAAAGUUGACCUCCGAUCGUCUAGUGGAAACUUGGUCACAAACCAUCGAACGUUCUUUGGCCGAGAGUACAGCUCAAUUUUUGUUUAUGCCCACCAAGCCGGGCCAACAAUGCAUAAAUAUACAAUUGAGAAAGUUUGCCGAACCCUAUUAUGCCAUGGAACGUGGUACUAUAGAUCAGAAACUGCAAUUGUUAUUGUCGUCAUUGCAAAAAUCUGGCUCCUCGGAUAUCUUCAACAUCAAGCAACUGGAGCAGUACAUCUAUUCGGUAAUCAAGAGCUAUAUACAUUUGGAAAGCACAUCGAAGGGAUCAUGUAUCAAGCCGUGGCAAGACGUGGGCUUCAAUACCACAGAACGUUCCACAGUCACCUUUGUCAAGGGCUUAGUGCGUAAUCUGGGCAAAGAAACGGAGCACAAUAUGACCAAUGAGGCGUUGGAACGUUGGCUACAUAUCACUCCACAGUUUCUACAAAUUUGGCGUGAGGUGUUCGUUCAGUUGUAUUCACGUCACGGCGGCAGCAAACGUACCAUUAUAAAGGAAAUGGAAAUACCUAUAUUACCGGAAUUAUGUGAUGCCCCUCAGAACAGUCAUUAUCGACCCAUUAUGGAACUGCCACAUGUAUUGUACAUCAAUGCUCAAUUACCGCGGGAACAUCGUCAUAAAUGGAGGUUUCUUUUUUCAUCGAAAAUCAAUGGUGAAAGUUUCUCCACCAUGUUGGGCAAAAUUAUGGACAAGGGCCCAACGUUGUUUUUCAUUGAGGAUGAGGAUCAAUAUAUAUUCGGUGGCUAUGCACCCGAAUCCUGGUCACUCAAGCCCAGUUUUGGGGGCGAUGACACCUCAUUGCUAUAUACAUUAAGUCCCGCUAUGCGGUGUUUUAGCGCCACAAACUUUAAUAAUCAUUAUCAAUAUUUGAAUUUAAAUCAACAGACUAUGCCCAAUGGUUUGGGCAUGGGAGGACAAUUUGAUUUCUGGGGUCUAUGGAUUGAUUGCAUGUUCGGUGAUGGUCAAAGUGUGGAAAGCUGUACCACAUAUCGUGACUAUGUGCAGUUGAGCAAACGCAAGCAAUUUAAGAUACGCAAUCUGGAGGUUUGGGCCGCUGGAGAUUUGCCUGUUAAGGACGAAGAUGAAGACGGAGGUGACGGUCAGAAACGUUCGGUUUUGGAUAGUAAUUUGGAGGAUCGUGCGAUGCUGGAAAUAGCCGGCAAGAAAAUGCAUUCCGAUGGCCUGCGUGAGCCUGGAAUGGAUGAUUGAUAUUAUAUUGUAUGCAAUUUUUAUCAAAAAUUGAUCACAUUAUGCCCGACUG